AUGGCCGGGCUUCAAUCAAAACUUCCCGAGCUUCUUAGUGGCCGAUUUGACGAUGGGCUGCUGGUUGGCUUAGGAUAUCGGACAGCGUCCCAACAAGGCGUCACUGACGAGCACGGACGUUUCUUCUACCAACCUGGCGAAAUCGUGAGCUUUUCGAUCGGCAAUCUGUCUAUUGGCUCCGCGCUUGGCGGUUCAUUGACGCUUGCUGCACUCCGCGAUAGUGUCACUGAGCUGGGAAAUCCAGACUUAGCACUUCCAGAGACGGUCAACCGAGCGCGUUUCAUCCAGAGCCUGGCAGUUGAGACAGACCUCCGAAAUGGCGUGUCAAUCGAUGAUACCGUACGUGAUAUUGUGAACAGGCAUGCAGAUGGCAUCUCGUUCACUUCCGACAUCGAGACCUUCGAACAAUCCCCUGCCGUCCGCGCCGUCUUCAGCGAGCUCGGGACCCGUUUUCGAGGCGUGGAAGAAGCUCGAAACCAUCUGCGACGCGCUCAGGCAGGUAUCAAGGCCCUUAGAGAUGUUCGAGUUCCCACCCGUGAUAACAGCUACCUCCUUGCGGAUGUCUUUCACCCUAUUGAUGCUGGAAGAUAUCCUGUACUGUUGAGACUUGGUAUCUACGGAAGAGCGUUUCGGAUAGGAGCUAUAUCCAAUGACGAAGACCGCGAGAUAAGCGAGAAGCGUGAAGAUUCCUGGUUUCAGGGAGAUCGAGACAAUCUUCAUCCAUACUGGAGGUGGUCUGAGAAUGCGGCAAGUGCCAGUCCCUCUGUCUGGGUCCCACGCGGCUAUGUUGUUGUAUUGGUGGACGGGCGUGGAGUGGGCAAUGUCCCAGGCAAACUGAGCCCCUAUUCUAAGCAAGAGGCUCGUGAUUACUAUGACGCUAUUGGAUGGGCGGCUAAGCAGCCUUGGAGCGACGGCAACGUUGGUCUCUACGGCGCCUCGUAUAACGCAACAACUCAGUGGCACGUGGCCGCGCUGCAUCCACCCUCGUUGAAGGCAAUGGCUCCGAUUUCUGCGGAUGGAGAUAUCCGUGAUCUGGCAUAUCCUGGUGGAAUCUUCCUCGAGGGCUAUCGUCGCUGGUGGUGGAAUGAACUGGUGUUGCCCGUCAAGCUCCCCAAUACUGAGGUCGAAGAUUAUGUCGGUGGCCUCCGCAGUCAUCCUUGGGAUGACGAGUACUAUUACGGUAACGGGGCUCUGUCUGCCAAUUUCUCUAGCAUCGACAUACCCGUCCUGACGGCAGUGAGCAUGACCAACACGAUUCACCCGCGUUCCGGAUUCGAAGCGUUUUCGAGUCUAUCCUCACGAGUCAAAAGGCUCAUGGUCAUGGAUGCCGUGUACUCUGGCAACAUGUACAAAGACUUCCAGCCUGACUUGGAGGCUUUCUUUGACCAGUACCUCAAGGGGAAGAAACUGGCCGAGGAGCCGCCAACUGUGCGCAUGGUGCUUCGAACGGGUGAUGGAGGAAGAUGGAAACAAGGCAAUGCCCAUGGCAGCUUCGAGUCAGCUCCGUUGGAGGAAGCCCUCGAAUUGGUGGGACACUUCCGGGCAACGUUGUGGGUGUCGUCCACAACGUCUGACGCUGACGUCUUUGUUGCUCUGCGUGUCAUGGAUGGAGAGCGAGAGGUUCCGUAUCGCACGUACGAAACUGGGUCAGCCGCUCCUUUAACCUGGGGAUGCCUCAAAGUCUCCCGUCGAGUAACCGAUCCUGAGCGCAGCACGACAGAGCGCCCCUGGCACACUCAUCGGCGCGAGGAUGCUCGGCCUCUCGUCCCAGGAGGAGUGGUCAAGAUUGAUGUCGAGAUAAUGCCGGCCACCGGGCGUGUUCUGAAAGGUCAUCGGCUGCGCGUCGAAAUCUCGCCAGUGGAGGCCCUUGGAUGCCCACCGGGAUGGGAGCGCGAAUACGAUGCAUCAUACCAUGCCGGGGCCACGAACCGCAUCUUGACUGGAGUCUCGUUUCCCAGCUCCAUUACGAUUCCUGUUGUGCCUCGUGAGGACUUGAAGAUGGUCACAGCUUGA